UCGUAUUGUAUAAUAAUAAUAACCAAUGUCAAUAAUGAAGAAGGUCGUGGUUGUAGGAGAUACCUCUGUAGGGAAGACUUCACUAGUAGGAAAGUAUGUAGAUGGAUGUUUUGCGGGAGAACAUUUCGCAACUGUUGGAGUUGAUUUUCGAUGAAAAUAACAAAUCUCUGAGUAUCUGGGACACUGGAGGCCAGGAGAGAUUCAAAUCAAUCACCAAAAGUUACUUUAAAGGAGCCCAUGCUGUAAUCCUAGUAUAUGCUUGAGAUUGUGAAGAGUCCUUCCUAAAUCUGAUCAACUGGCUUGUUACUAUUGAAUCUUCAGUUGAUGAGGAUGUAGUUAAAGUACUCAUUGCGAAUAAGUCUGACAUUGAAGAUAUUUCUGUCAGUCACAAAAAAGGAAGAAUAUUCGCUGAAGAAAACGAUAUGCUUUUCUACACAUGCUCCUCAGUCACUGGUGAGAACAUAGAUGAGGUUUUUGAUAGGAUCAUUGAUGAAUUAAGAGAAAUAGACACUACAGAUGCAAUAACUCAUCACAAGGAUAGCUUCCUUCUUGAAUCAUGCUCGGAAACAACUCGUCCUAAAAAGAAGAAAAGGAGGUGAGCACUCUUCGGAGGCUUCGGUAGCAAAAAGAAGACUCGAAAGAAAGAUGGUUUGAUUAACUAA